AAUAUGCAGUGUCAAAGUACAUUGACUCUUACAGAGUUAUUACUACAACAGUUGGAGUAAGAUACCGCCCAGUGUUGGUGAAAAAGUACGUUGUUAAAAGACGCAGUGUCAGACGUACUCUGGAAAGCUCCGCCCACCUACGACUCGUCUCAAACGGACCACACAUUUUCACGGCGCCAUUUUCUUCAUGUGGAAUGACUGCGGGAGCAUGCUGCUUAAAGCUAAACUUGGAGAUGUCCAAAAAUUUGUCAGAAUAACUGAGCCAAAUCUGAAAGACUUUUUGAUUGCAGCAUUUGCAAAGUUUGGUGUCCCAGCUGUAACAGAAGAAUCUGUCUCCAUGGUGGCCUCUUCUGAGCAAUCCCAACCAUCAUCCCUUGAUACCUUGGACUCUGAGGAUACAGUCAUUAUUUCAGAUAGCCCCUCCAGAAAACGCCAGAGGCUGGAUACAGAAGCCAAGCAAUUGGUGGAAUCAGCUCUUACCAACAAAACCGGUGGGGAACGUAUAAUAAAUGAAUACAACCGAACCAAGUCCUUGACGGAUGAAACAAGACGCAAAAUGGUGAACAUGCUGGCAGCUGACAUGACAGAAAUGAAUGGUACAUCUCCACCCAGACAGGUGAAAGAAAUGUAUGCCAAAGGAAUAGUGACCUUAUUCCCGUACCUCAGUGACCCAUUCUCUAAGAAUGGCUAUGAGCAUUAUUAUGAUGGCGAGAGUGGAACUGGGUACUUGGCCUGGAGGAUUAAAACUAUUCAGAGAGGCACCGCCAAAGACAGGCGAUCAUCAUUCGGAGAAUCAGCCAAAGGAUCAACUGGUGAAGACAUGUCUGGAGGACCGACUGUCAGACGAGAAUCCCAGUUUGUUCCAGAGACUGCCCUGACUGAUGAUGAGUGCAACAAAGCAAUCUCACUGAUGAAACAUUCUGCUGAUGCAGACACAAUCAAGAAGAAAAUGGAACUGACGUUUGUGUAUCGCCGCAAAAUGAUCCUCGACCCCCAGCAGUCAAGCAACAUACUGUCUGAGUUUCCACGUUUUAAAGACGUCAAAAGCUUGGUUGAACAGGAUUUUGUUCUAAUGUUCGGAGAGGAUACCUCAAGCAAGCUUCUGGAAAGGUGGCCGGUCACGUUCAAGAAAAAGAUCAUCAAACAAUGCAGAAAGCUUCCAUCCACAAGUGAGCUUGAAGAACUCUUGCUGGCAGCUGAUCCUCCUGAGGAUGGCACUGAAUUGGAUGUUGACUUUGGUUGGGACAGUGAUCUGUCAUCGGUUUUACUGCUUAUACACCUGAUUCCACCCUCCGCUCAGGGUCGGAAGAGACCAGGAAAGGUUUCCGCAUCCCAAGCAGAGAAACAUCUUGUGGUAUUCAAGAAGACCGGAACAAACAUUCAAGAGCAUCUCGAUGCCAUCACUACUAGCGCUCAGCCCUAUCUCCUAGCUGUUGGAGUUAAGAAGAAUGCAAUCCACCAGUUCUUCAUCAUUAUCGACAAGAAUGCCAUACCUUGCAGGUCAACCUCUUCUCUUGUUGCUUUUGACGAACUAUUUAAGGCACAUUUUGUGUUUGGCACAUCCUACAACACCAUGCUCCACAACAUGUACACUUUCAUCCAAACUACAGUGUACAGCAUCGAUGCUGGCAAGGUCAAAGAGAGCCCUCGUGUUGCUGAAAUCAGGGCGAGGUUACUUCAUUAGUGCUUGAAGUUUCUCCUCGAACAUGAAGUGUUUUGUUUGUCAGGCUGAGUUAUCGAGUUCAAAUAUGCUUGUUAGGCAUUUACGAUUAGUUCACGGUUACUUGCCUGGAAAAAAUCUCCGGCUUAAAUGUGCUCAGACUGGAUGUGGCUGUGCGUUUGGUACGUUUUCUGGUUUUAGGAAACAUUUAAACACAAAACACACUGAGUAUAUUGACCAACAGGUUGACCCUGAUGUUUAUUUAAGCAGCAUUGGAGAGGCAGUGACCACUAAUGUAGAGGAGACAGCUACAACGUCACGGACAGUUAAUGAACACGAGGUAGCCACAUCUACUCUGUUGAAAAAGUCCAACAGGAGCACUCUAGAUAUGUGUGCCUCUGCUGUUGCACAACUAAAAGCAGCUGGAUUAAGUCAAUCUACUGUAAAUAGUUUUGUUUCCUCCAUGGAAGAAGUGUUUUUGAGAUUCAAAGUCAAGCUACAGAUGCAGCUUUGCAGUGCUUAUCUCCACAGGAAACUGAAAAUAAGAACAGAAUAGAACAAUCUUUGCAAAAGUUGGAAAACCCUUUCACACCCUUAAAUUCAGAAGCUAAACGAAAUAAACACUUCAAAGAGAAAUGGGGAAUCGUAGAACCUGUUGAAAAGGUGCUUGGCACAAGAUUUGACAGCAGAAGAAACAAAACAACUGGGACAUACGAUCAGGUCGUUGUAACUGACAAGUUUGCAUAUAUUCCUAUUUUAGAAACACUAAAGGCCAUUUUUCAAAACCCAGAACUUGCAGACAUGUUCAAGCCCAGGCACAUGCCCAAGGAAGGUGUGUAUGCAGACUUGAGAGAUGCCGCCUAUUUUAAAAAAAGUCCCUUAUUCUCUAUAGAAAAAGAUGCCAUACAGAUCCAGCUAUUUUAUGACGACUUUGAAACAGCAAACCCCUUGGGGUCUAAAAAGGGUAUACACAAAUUAGGUGCUAUAUACUUUACAUUAAGGAAUUUUCCCCCAAUCUUUAAUUCAUCAUUGAUAAAUAUUCAUUUGGGUGCUCUUUUCCAUGCGCAGGACAUCAAGCGUUAUGGUUUUAA